AUGGAAGAACAUCAAUCUCUUGUAAUUGACAAUGGUUCUGGAAUGUGUAAAGCUGGUUUCGCUGGCGAAGAUGCUCCACGUGCUGUUUUUCCUUCAUUGAUUGGUAGACCAAAACAAAGGUCAAUUAUGGUUGGAAUGGGAAAUAAGGAUGCCUAUGUUGGAGAUGAAGCCAUGUCAAAGAAGGGAAUCCUCGCUCUCAAAUAUCCAAUUGAGCACGGAAUUAUCACUAACUGGGAUGAUAUGGAAAAGAUUUGGCAUCAUACUUUCUAUAAUGAAUUGAGAGUUGGUCCUGAAGAGCAUGGUGUCUUAUUAACUGAAGCUCCAUUGAAUCCAAAGGCAAAUCGUGAAAAGAUGACACAAAUCAUGUUCGAAACCUUUAGAGUUCCAGCCAUGUAUGUGGCCAUUCAAGCUGUCUUGUCCUUGUAUGCUUCUGGUAGAACUACAGGUAUUGUUUUGGAUUCAGGUGAUGGUGUUUCACAUACUGUUCCUAUCUAUGAGGGUUAUGCUUUACCACAUGCCAUUUUAAGAUUGGAUUUGGCUGGUCGUGAUUUAACUGACUACUUGAUGAAGAUCUUGAUGGAACGUGGAUACAGUUUCAACACCAGUGCUGAACGUGAAAUUGUCAGAGAUAUUAAGGAAAAGCUUUAUGGUAAUAUUAUCACAGUUGGAAAUGAACGAUUCAGAUGUCCAGAAGUGUUAUUCCAACCUAAUUUCAUUGGAAUGGAAGCUGCUGGUGUACACGAAACAACUUUCAAUUCUAUUGGAAAGUGUGAUAUUGACAUUAGAAAGGAUUUAUAUGCCAAUGUUGUACUUUCAGGUGGUACAACCAUGUUUGAAGGAAUUGCUGAGAGAAUGAACAAGGAAUUGACAGCUAUGGCUCCAGCCUCAAUGAAGAUUCGUGUUGUUGCUCCACCAGAAAGAAAGUAUUCAGUUUGGAUUGGUGGUAGUAUUCUCUCUUCAUUAUCAACCUUUCAAUCUAUGUGGAUCACAGCAGAGGAGUAUGAAGAUGCUGGAUGUGCCAUCGUUCAUAGAAAGUGUUUCUAA